AUGGCGAAGACUGUGAUGGGUGUUGAUGUUAGUGACUAUGGUAAUCGUGAUAGAAAUUAUAGUAAUCAUAUCAAAGUGAGGAUGAUGGUGGAGGUGAUUUAUGCUACAAAGGGUGUUGAUAGUAACUAUGGUCAAGGCUGCAAUUCCGUCAAGGAGGAAGAAGACAUAAUCACCCCACUACAAAAGGCAAAGGAUGCAAUUACCAUAAGUCAGAUUAGCCCAAUUUCAAUCACGCCACCCUUCUCAAGAGUAAUUACAGAUGCCAUAGCUCCCAAGCUUGAUAUGAGACAAUUUGUUAUUAUUAUUAUUUUCAGUGCAUUAUUAAAGAAGAAGGGGUUUUCUUCAAACCGAACAGUUAUAAUUUAUGAAAAACCUAUUGGUAAUGAAACUAAAAUUCAAUUUCCUCGAAAAUUUCCAAAAACCUACAAGCCGAAGAAAUUUUUAAGAUUUUAUAAUACAUGUGCUGUUUUGGGAAAUUCCGGUAUUUUGCGGGGCAGUCGAUGUGGAAAAGAGAUCGACUCGCAUGACUUCGUUAUGAGAUCAAACAUGGCGCCGACAAUUGGCUUUGAAGAUGAUGUUGGUGUCAAGACUAAUCUGACAACCCUAAACAGUAAUAAAGCAACAAUUUUAGAAAAUUGUCUCUUUCGAAGUAAAUACAAAUGUCGACAGGUUGCGCUUGACUUGAUGAAAGAAUUCAAUGGUUCUAUAAUAUGGUUUUCCAAGUACGGAGUUGUGAAAUCCAGUGCAUACGUUUCCUUUACUGACACGAUACUUAAGCAAGGAUUGAAGACUGACGUAUCGUAUCCAGCGUUUGGUAUGCCUCGACGUGUUGGACGUUUCUGGAACAUUUCAAGUGUCUCUAGUGGUCUUAUAUUGUACACUGUAGCGGGCGCUGUCUGUAGUAAAAUUUCAAUGUAUGGUUUUUUCCCAUUUCAAGAAACAGCAAGUGGAAGGCCGGUACCUCACCAUUAUUAUGAGAACGUUACAUUUAAUUAUACAAAAAGACAUCAUAUGCCUGAUGAAUACAAACUGUUUUUGAAGUUAAAUCGGACUGGGUAUAUCAGAUUCGUAACGGACAAAUGUUGGCAAAAUGAUUGAACUAUAUUGAAUUAGAACCUGCUCGAUUUAAAACAUAGUUUAAUUUAUUUCUUUCGUUUUAUAAGAUGUGACUUAAUUUUUUUUUUAAAUAUAUUUAUAGACUAUAAAUGGAUACAGCAAUUGAUUGUUAUAAAGAUUAAUUAAUAGAGUGCAUUUUUAAUAUUUGAUUAAUUGAUUUAUUUAAUGAUCGAUUGAACGCUAAAUAUGUCUAUUGUUUGAUUGAUGGAUGGAUUGAUUCAUUAGUAAGUGUAUGGUUUAAUACAAUGAUUGAUAAAAUAUUGAUAGAUUGACCGAUAUAAUUAGAUGGGUUCAUUGAUGUGUUGAUGGACAUUUUUAUUGAUAGAUAGAAUUGUUUGAUUGACAACAUCUCAUACUUGUUCACAAGUAUAUAUCCCUUCCUAUUUCGCACUAUAUAGUGUCAU